AUGCUUUUUCUUUUUCUUCUCUUGUGGGCCACCCCGGCUUGCGCUUUCACAGCACCUUUGGCGCCUUCCGAAGACCCAUUCUACGAAACACCCGAAAACGUAUCGGAUUACGAGGUCGGCCAGAUCAUCAGCUGGCGUCCUCCGCCGGUCCAGCUCCGAAGCGAAAUACUCCCUUUGAACAUCAAAGACGCCUGGCAAUUGCAAGUCCGCUCCGAAGACUCCUUUGGAAAUCCAACCUCCGUCGUUUCCACCAUCGUGGAACCAUACAACGCCGACCCCACGAAAAUCCUCUCGUACCAGUCUUUCGAGGACCUGCCCAGCGUCAAUUGCAGCCCGUCCUACGGAAUCUUGUUUGGCGCCUCCAUGGAUACUUUUCCAACACAGUGGGAAAUGACCAUUAUGGAUGUGGCCUUGCUGAAGAACUGGUAUGUGGUUUUGCCGGACCACCAGGGGCCCAAGUCGGCGUUUACGGCGGGUUUGCAGUCGGGACAGGCUGUUUUGAACGGGAUCCGGGCGGCCUUGAAUUCUGGAAAUUUGACCGGAAUUGACCCAGAUGCUAGGGUGGGGCUUUAUGGGUACUCUGGAGGAUCCAUUGCAUCCGGAUGGGCGGCCCAGAUCCAGCCUGACUACGCUCCAGAGUUAAAGAAAAAUAUAGUGGGAAGUGCUUUUGGUGGGUUCAUGACCAACCACACACAGACGCUUGUGGAAAAUGACGAGACGGCGUUUGCAGGGUUGGUGGUUUCCAUGAUCCACGGGAUUUCGCAGGAAUACGAGGCGUUGGUUCCCAUAAUCGAGGAAGCCGUGGACCCUGAACGGCUUGUGGAGUUCAAUGCAGCUAGAAAUAUGUGUCUUGGAGAAAUAUCCGAUAAGUUCAUCUACGAGGCGCUUUUCAACGGAUCCAGCCCAUUGAUACAAAGAAGCCUACUUACUGACCCAGACAUGGCAGCCGUUUUGCACAACAACACCUUGGGUCUUUCCAAAUCAGCAGGCGUUCCAGAAACCCCCAUCUUCAUAUUCCAGGCCUUGCACGAUGAGGUCAUCCGAGUCAACCAGGCCGAGGAGGUCUACGAAAAGUGGUGUUCGUGGGGUGCACCUUCGAUCGAAUUCGCCGUGUCCAACUACAGUGCUCAUGUUUCUGAAGGUAUUCUUGGAAUCGGCACCGGACUUUCCUGGCUUGAAAAACGCAUGGAUGGAGAAAAGCCAAUUGACGGAUGCACCAAGACAUACAGAACCACAAACACGCUUUAUCCUGGAGCAGACGUUAUGUACCGCCAGUAUUUGGACACAUUUGUUCGGGCUCUUUUUGGGCAGAAGGUGGGGGAAGAUACUAAGAAUUUCAAUGAGUCAACGGUUUUGAGCAAAAUCUUUGCGUAUGCCUUGAAUGGCGUUUUCAGGGCGUUUGGCCCGUUCAAGCGGCAGGAGGGCGUGGGCUCUAAAAUUAGCGAAAAACUGCAAAGCCAGGUGUUUCACGGAUUUAGAGAUAUCAUCGAAUUGUGGGAAUCCGAGGGGAUCGACCCGUGGGCUGUUCUCUAUGGGGAAACCACAGUGCUGUUUGGGGGGUGA